UCCCCUCCCUUUCCAGGCCGGGAUAUAAGCCCGCAGGGAAAGCUCUGAGCAGAGGAGGCCCCAGCCUGACCUGCAGCAGUCCAGCCUCCGGGGGACCCCUCUGGCCUUCCACCGCCUUCCACCUUCUGUUCAUCUCGCUUCGGGAGCUAUUCCUAUGGUGACGGUGCGUAGGCCGUGGCCCGCCAUGGCCACAGUGUUUGUGGCCCUGCUCGCCUGCCUGGGGGCGUUGGUCGACGCCUAUCCCAUCAAACCCGAGGCUCCUGGCGAAGACGCCUCCCCGGAGGAGCUGAAUCGCUACUACACGUCCCUGCGCCACUACCUCAACCUGGUCACCCGGCAGCGGUAUGGGAAACGCGACAGCCCGGACCCUGUAGUCUCCAAACUGCUCUUCCCCGACGGCGAGGACCGCCCCGUCAGGUCGCGGUCGGAGGGCGCCGACCUGUGGUGAUGACCCCCAAGGCCUCCUGGGAGAUAUGCUAAUUACAACGGCCUCAUUUGCAUAUUUGCUCCUGACCCCGGAACCUGGAUUCACCUCCCUGCCCACUGUCGCGGCAGGGCUGGGGUGGGGCCCCGUCCCCUGGGCUGGAGGGCUGUGGGUGGUCCUUCCCUGGUCCCAAAAUAAAGAGCAAAUUUCACGGAAACGGAGUGUGUCCUUGUAUUUCCUUUCCUUUCUCUUUCGUGGAGGUGGCAUCUGGUGGGAGUGGAGGGUGGAAGUGCGAAGGCUGGAGAAGAGAAGACUCAGACUUGGACAAAGGCGCCCUGGACAAGGCUGGGAGGGUGGCCCGCCCCCUCCCUCUGCCCGGAGCUCGGAGAAGGUGCUACG